AUGGCCAUCCUAAUCGUCAUUAUCGUGAAGCAAAAAGGAGUAGAUAUCAGGCUUUGUAUUGAUUAUCGGUUGGUGAACGACUUGACCCAGCUUAUGGUCUACCCCAUGCCUCUAAUCAACGAAUUGUUGGAGGACCUGAACGGAGCAUCGUGGUACUGCUCCCUGGAUAUGGCAAAAUGGCUACGGAUGCCAUUUGGACUCAAGAACGCGCCUCAGAUAUAUCAGAGACUCUUGGAUAAUGCUUUGUAUGGGUUCUUACGUAUCCCCCAAGGAGCUGGUACGGAGGAGACUGAAGACUUGUUUACGAUGGGGGAGCCUGAUGUAAAGUCGGGUCCCUCGGUACUGGGUCGGCGAUCCUAUAUAGAUGACACUUUGAUACCCGACGACUCGUGGAACACGUUGUGCGCAAAGGUUGAGCGGUUAUUUGAUGUGUGUGACUAUUGGAAUCUAUCGAUCAGCGCGUGCCGGAAGGUAGACUACCUUGGGCACCGGGUCUCGGAUCAAAGACUAGAGGCCCACCCAAAGGACCUUCAGUCCUUGGUCGACCUACCGUUGCCAACAACACUCAAAGCCAUGCAAUCGUUUCUGGGAAGUCUGAAUUACUAUGGUAGAUUCAUUGAAGAUUAUGCAGUGUAUGCGUUGAUCCUUUAUGAGUUACAAGAAGUGGAUUUUAACGAUUGUCGAUGUAGGUCGAGGACGGGGGACAGUGGGGUGACUAAGGCAGAGGACGAGGGGAAAUGGUUCAGGGCCCAAGUAGACUUUGCUAUGCUCAAUAAUAAGAUUGCCACUGCACCUAUCUUGCGACACUUUGACCCGUCCAAGGAGGCAGUAAUUAUCGUUUAUGCAAGUGAACGGGCCGUAUUCGCGUCGUUAGUGCAAGACCAUGGUGGCAUUCUAAUGCCGGUGACUUUUACGAGUCGGACCCUUAAGGCCAACGAGUUGAACUACAUUACGGUGGAGAAAGAAGUGCUGGCUUUAUUACGGAUAAUGGAAACUUGUUUUACAAUGUUGGUCACUCGACCCCUCAAGGUCCUAACGAGGCAUUCUACAUUGGAGUGGCUAGUCGGGUCUACGGGUUUACAGGGACGGCUUGGUAAUUGGGCCGCUCUCUUGUCCCAAUAA